CUUGCUGCAAACACUACCGCCUACGAGCUCGAGCUAGUUUCGCUUGAAAGCCCGCUUGCACACCGUGUGGUCGACGUUAAUGGUCGCUCAAACCUCAGGGAAUGGCCGGCCUGACGCGGGAGUUGAUGUGCCGCAAGCACUCAAUUGGAAGACGAAGGAGGGCACGCGCUCCUCUACAGUCUGUCCUCAUCCGCAGUCGCGUCGACCUCUUUACACGGACACAAGCCACAGUUUUGCAUCAAGUUUCGCAUUCCCCUCUUUCCACGACUCUUACGCCGCCUUCGCCUCCAUCGCAGCUCAGCAUCCUCUCUUCUCCAACUCGCAUCCCCAAUUUGACGAGAGCACUGCUUGGUCCCUCGCUUGAACUCAACAUGGCAUAUUCUUCUGUCGAGACGUGUCUUCUUUCGUGGCAGCUUCUGUUUCCAUCCAUGCAGCAUCAUCUUUCAGUCUCUUUCAUAUCGCCAACUUCAAUAUUUACAUUUACCCCGAAUCCUCUUUUCCAGUCCCCUUGUUACUGUCCAUUUCAUUUCACUUGCCGCCCUUCCUUCGCCUCUACGCCUUCCUCUACUCCCAUUUUCACAUUCCAUCUCGUUCCAUGCCCUCACAUCCUCCCCCAACCCAUUCCCCUUUUCGUCAUUCCUUGUCCCAACCUUCUUGUGCGCCUUACUUAUUACUAUUUUUAUCAGACGUGGUGACAUUGCACGCUCUCCGAUGCCGCCCCUCUACUAGCA